AUGGAAGUUUUUGGAUGUGUGUCAAGCACCAUAGGCUUGUGUUGCUCUCUGCAUGAAAUAAUUAGAGAAAAUUAUAAACACUGGAGAGCAUCCAAGGGGAAGAUUCAGCGGCUGAAUAAUUUGAUGAAAAAGUUGGAUGCUCGUCAACAAGAUGUUGAAUAUGAACUAAAUCAAUUAUGGCAUCUAAAAGGGGCAGAACGAACACAUGAAUGUAAUUUAUGGUUUGAGCACGUUGAUCGGGCAAGAACAGAAUUUAACAGCCUCCUGGAUGAAAAUGGCCCCCAUAGACCAAAAGGAUGCUGUUUCAUUUGUUCAAGAGUUAAGUUGGGGAAACUUGUUGAGAAAAAGAUAGGAGAUAUUACCGAACUUCUAGAUGAUGUUCCAGAUUUAGAGGAUUUAAUUGUUGUCCCUCGAAACAAGAGAGGUGAUGUUUUGUCUGCAACACCAAUGGUGGAAUAUGAAACACAUAAACAAAUCUGUAUGGAGAUUUGGGGAUUCCUACUCGACAAAAAAACCAGAAGGAUUGGUGUUUGGGGAAUGGGAGGGGCAGGUAAAACAACUAUCAUGUCAGAGAUUUAUAGCCGACUAUUGAAAGGAAGGAGUCAAUUUAAUUGCAUUAUUUGGGUGGAAGCAUCAAAGGAUCCAAAAAAGGUGCGACAAGAUAUAGCUUUGAGAUUAAAUUUGACUUUUCUGGCUUCUGAUGAUGAAAGAGGAAGAGCUUCAAGAUUAUUAGAAGCUUUUAAUAGGAAGCAGCCAUUUGUACUGAUUCUGGAUGAGGUUUGGGAACCACUCUCUAUCGAAGAAGUUGGAAUUCCUUUUCCAACAGCAGAGAAUGGUUGUAAAUUAGUUAUAAUAACUCGAAGCCGUACUGUGUGCAGAGACAUGGAAACAGACAAGGAUGUCGAAGUGAAACUUCUUUCAGAGGAUGAAGCAUGGAAUCUCUUCAAUGACAAAACUGGGAAACUUGUGCAAUCAGAUCCAGAUGUACAACCAAUUGCAAUGGAAGUGGCGAAACAAUGUUGUGGUUUGCCUCUAGCUAUUGUUAUAGUUGGGCGUGCGUUAAGAAACACAACCGAUAUAAGAGAGUGGGAGGAUGCAUUAGAACAGCUAAGAACUUCAAAUAUUGGUAUUCACAACUUUGAAGUAGUAUGUUCUCGUUUGAAGUUGAGCUAUUCAAAACUAGAAGAUGAUGCAAGGAGGUAUUGCUUUCUGUUUUGUGCUUUAUACCCAAAAGGUCAUCUAAUUAAUGAGAAUGAAUUGAUUAAUUAUUGGGUAUGGGAAGAUUUAUUGGGUGGUGGAAGCAUGGCCGAGAUGAAACGAAAGGGGCAAAAUGUUAUACGUGAGUUGAUAUCUGCUUGCUUGUUGGAAUUAAAAAUUGAGAAGGGGGUGAGAUGUGUGAAAUUGCACGAUUUGAUAAGAGAUAUGGCCCUCACAAUCAUGAGUACAAAGCCUAGAUGCAUUGUGAAAGCUGGCAUGGGACAAGUAAAACUGCCGCCGCCUCAAGAAUGGAAAGAAGAUGUUCAGUGGGCAUCAUUGAUGAGAAAUGACGUGAAAUAUACAGGCUUCAGUCCAAGGUGUCCCAGACUCACUUCUUUACUCCUUCAAUAUAACUCAUUUGAAAAAAAUAUAUCGGAUGACUUCUUUGACAAUAUGCAAGGGCUGAUAGUUCUUGAUCUCUCCUAUAGUGGGAUUAGUGCUUUGCCUAUGUCUCUUUCAGAUUUGAAGAAUCUAAGUGCCUUGAUAUGUAACCAAUGUUGGAAUCUUGUUUAUGUUCCUUCUUUAGCAAGGCUCACAAAAUUGGAGUAUUUAGAUUUUUCACUUUCUGGAUCGUUGACAGAACUUCCAGAAGGGAUGGAACAUUUGACCAAUCUGAGACACUUGGAUUUCUCCAGGUCAUCCGUCCAAAACUUAGGAGCUGGAGUCUUGUCCAAAUUUACUCUUCUAGAGGAGUUGUUGAUUCUGGAUUCGCCUAUGAUUCUAGUUCUACUUGACAUUGGAGCUUAUAGAAGAAUUGUUAAACGUCUCCCGUUUUCUCAAAUGAAGGAAUUCAAGCUUGUCGUUGGGUCUCUAGACGAAGAUGAAACUUCACUAUUAUUAGAGAGAACUAGUUUAGCAAUAGAUAUGGGAGAGAAACAUGGAGGAGGGAACCUUUCAGAAGCGGAGAUCACCGAAUUGAUUCCGACUAAUGUCAUGGAGUUAGUAAUUCAGAAUUCUGAUCGUACCAUCAAACGCUUGUCUUUGCACUUAGUGGAUGCAAUGUGCUUGAAAACUUGCCAUAUAGAACGGUGUUUCCAGAUGGAAUGCAUUCUGGAAAGUGAGGAGAACAAUUUGUCACAGUUAGAGAUAAUGAGACUAUAUGAUUUGCCGCGCUUGAGGAUGAUUUGCGGGGAAGCUGUGAUACCAGGUACUCUAAAGAACCUGAAGAGUAUUCAUGUUGAAGGAUGUGACUCACUGAAAUUUCUGUUCCAAAAGCAGCUCAUCCUUGAACUCAAAAGUCUUGAAGUAAUUAGCGUCCUUAAUUGCCCAGAAGUGGAAGAAAUUAUUGAAGGAGAGAGGAAUACAAAUGCUGAAGGCAGCAGCCAUGCAGCCGAAGUGAUCCUUCCAAAAUUGAUGACCUUGAAAUUGCAUUAUUUAGAAAACCUGAAAAGCAUAUACAAUGGGCACAUUCAAUGUGAUUCUCUACGCACCAUUGAAGUUGGUAGCUGCAAAGCUCUAAAGAAAUUGCCUCUGGGUCUGUUCGGCAUAGAGGAAGGUCAGCAAAUAUCACCAUCAACUACUACUCUUGAACAAAUAUCAUGUGAAACAGAGUGGUGGGAAUCACUGCAGUGGGACCAACCGCAGGCUAAGCAUCUCCUUCAACCAUACCUUGUCCAUCCUGGUGGCAGGGACAGGUUUGCUCCAAGUAGCAGUCAUACGGCGUGAAAGCAGUAUUAAAAUGGAGCCACAGUCAUCACUUGAUUUGAUUCAAGUUGUGUUAUUUUACAGUUAAUGUUGAAGUUUGUGUAAUGUUUGAUAUUUGGAAGCAAAACAUUGUUGCUGCUUCAAAAUUUAUGGUGAGAGCACGGGAAUUUUAAAGUUAUUUCAUGUUUCUUUUCCAGACUUAUUGUUAACCAUACGCCUUUGAAGAAGGAUUUGGCGUGUUUGUCAAGUAAAGAUGUGUCUAUAUCAUUUACUAUUUAGUUAACUAAAUUGGUAAUUGCGUAGUGAGAAA